GCGACUCCGGAAGGGGCGGGUCUGGCAAAGAUGGCGGCGCCGGAGGUGUUGGAGUCAGACCUGCCAACUGCCGUGACUCUCUUGAAAACCCUCCAGGAGCAGGUGAUGGCCGUAACUGCACAAGUGCAAGCUCUGACCAAAAAAGUUCAAGCCAGAGCCUUUCCUACAGAGAAGGGUCUCAGCCUCUUGGAAGUGAAAGACCAGCUGCUCCUCAUGUAUCUGAUGGAUCUGAGCCAUCUCAUCCUGGAGAAAGCCUCAGGAGGGUCACUUCAGGGCCACGCUUCUGUUCUGAGACUGGUGGAGAUCCGCACGGUUUUGGAAAAGCUUCGUCCCUUGGACCAGAAACUGAAGUAUCAAAUUGACAAAUUGGUCAGGACUGCAGUCACAGGCAGCCUCAGCGAGAACGAUCCCCUCCGUUUCAGACCUCAGCCAGGCAACAUGAAGAGCAAGUUGAGUUCUGAGGACGAGGAGGAGGAAGCAGAGGAAGGCCAGUCCGAGGCUUCAGGGAAGAAAUCUGUAAAAGGAGGAGUUAAGAAAUAUGUCCCACCACGUUUGGUUCCAGUGCAUUAUGAUGAAACAGAAGCUGAGCGGGAGAAGAAGCGGCUGGAACGGGCCAAGAAGCGGGCUUUAAGCAGCUCUGUCAUUCGUGAGCUGAAGGAGCAGUAUUCAGAUGCCCCAGAGGAAAUCCGGGAUGCCCGGCAUCCUCACGCAACCCGCCAGAGCCAGGAGGACCAGCACAGGCUUAACUAUGAGGAGAGCAUGAUGGUGCGUCUAAGUGUCAGCAAGCGCGAGAAAGGCCGGCGGAAGCGGGCCAGCAUCAUGAGCUCCCAGCUUCAUUCCCUCACACACUUCAGUGAUAUCAGUGCCCUGACAGGAGGAGCCCCGCAUCUUGACGAGGACCAGAAUCCUGCUAAGAAGAGGAAGAAGAUACCUAAGAAGGGCCGGAAGAAAAAAGGUUUCCGGAGGCGGCGGUGAUUUUAGGUGUGCGUUUAUAGAUGUAUUUUUGUCAUGCUGGGAUACUUCUAAUUUCACUGUAUGUAGCUAUUUCAUUGUAAUCAUUUGCUUUAGACAUAAUGAAAAGAUUUUUAUUAAUAAAAAAUGUUUUUACUUACAAAUUGAAGCCCCUUUUGCACAUG